AUGGACCGCCGGUACAAUGUAGCACGGUCUUGUCUACGCUGUCACGAGCGCAAAGUCCGUUGCGACAAGGGCUCCCCAUGCAACAAAUGCAGUCGUCUCAAUGUGCCAUGUGAAUAUCCCGGACCGAAACGGGUGAAGCGCCGAGCGCCAAAGACUCCCUCCACCGAUCUAGUGGCGCGACUAGAGCAACUUGAACGGUCUAUUACUUCGAUUGCUGGACAGUCUGCACAACCAACGCCUCAGCAAGCGAGUUAUUCACCGGCUCAAUCCAUCAUUGAUGGUGGGCGAGCGUCGAGCGAAUCUAGUGCGGUGGUUUUGAGUCGCCAGACACAGGCUCAGCAUUCUCAUGGGUUUUUGGUGAAAAAUGGUGAUUAUGUUGAUGAGCCGUUCUUGUCGCGGGUACUUGAGAAAGAACAUGAACUGCAGUCAGCGAUGGGAUCGCCGAAUACAAGUAGUAAUUGUGCUAGAAAGCCGCCGCAGAUGAAGGUUGAUGGUAUAAUUACGAAUCCGCAACUCAUCUCGUUGGAUAUCAAGACUCUACUUCCGAGUAGAUGGCAGGCUACGGUGCUCUGGGAGACAUUUUUGAGUCGGGUCGAUCCUGUGCUCAAAGUAAUACAUGUACCGACGACUAAGCCUCGUAUUUUCGCCGCGAUCAAUAGGCCUGAUUCUGUUCCAUUUGAUGUUCACUGUCUACUCUUUGCGAUAUUCUUUGGUGCUGCUACUGCUAUGUGUUCCGAUAACUCCGAAAAUGAAGGAAUACGCGCGGACCUGCGCCAGUAUCAACAGGGUAUUGAACUUGCUAUGUACCAGUCGUCUUUUCUGGAUUCCCCAACUGUGACAUCACUACAGGCGCUGACAAUCUAUUUGACAUGUCUUCGUUACAGCAAUAGCGGUAGGUCUGGCUUCACCUUACGUGGACUAGCCAUUCGAGCGGCACAAUCCAUCGGUCUUCACCGCGAUGGCAAGAACUUCAAACUAUCACCCUUGGAGUGUGAGAUUCGCCGCCGGCUAUGGUGGAUACUAUCCACAACCGAUUGCCGCAUGGCAGAGGACCACGGCAUCACAGUAACAGAAAACGAAUAUGGCGGCGAUGCCCAAUUACCCGCAAAUAUCGACGACCAGAAUCUCACGGAAAAAACCCUUGAAGCGAUUCCCUCUCAACCCCGCUGGACAGAAAUGUCAUUCAUCCUGAUAAUCUGCGAAGUAAACAAAAUGUGGCUCCCAAUGGCCCGCGCAACAACCAAUUCACAAGACGGCACCAGACCCGAGCAACUAAUCGCCCAAUUCCGCAACCUCCUACACGAAAAAUACAUUCAACAUGGCGACCCCGACAUCCCAAUACAACGCAUGGGAAUAAUGCUUAGCCAAGUACUCCUCUCCAAAGCAGAAGUUCAUCUCCGACAAAAAGUUCUCCAAACCACAUCCCCAGAUCCAGAAGCCACACAACAGCUCCUCGGAAUGGCGUCCAAAGCACUACAUCUUGGACUCCAGAUGUACCAAGACGAGCUCCUCCGCGGCUUCCGCUGGUUAUCAUCAACAUACACUCAGUUCCACCUCUUAACCUACAUUCUAUGGCACCUGUGUGUCUUCCCAACAGGUCCUUUCGUGGAGGAAGCCUGGCGUGGCGUGAACGUACAUUUCGAGAUCGCGGAGCGGGAUCCCUCGUGGCCUGAUCCGGGCCCUAAGUGGCCCAUGCUUGUGCAGUUACGAGCUAAGGCGAUGCGGAUUCGAAAUUCUAAUGCUUCUAUUACGAGUAAGCAGCAGCAUCAACCGCAGGCUGUGGAUAAUUUUCCUUUGGUGGAUGAUGCUGCGCUUCAGGGUAUUGAGGCGCCGCUUUUGGAUUUGGAUAAUUUGGACUUUAAUUGGUCGGAGUUUCCAGACUGGGAUUAUUUGGCGCAGAGUUUCGAUAUUAUGAAUCAGGAUGUAGGGGUUUAG